AUGCCGCCUAUUCCACCUUACCCCGUUCCCGAUGUAUCAGCACGGCCAAAAGUUUCUAUCGAUUCUGCAGCCGCAAGAAUUCAUGCAUCGUCAAGUGAAUCGUUCCAAAAUGCAUGCGGGCAAGUGAGCGCUCAGGAGGUCCCAUUUCCGGUUGCAAUCGUUAGCAUGGCUGUGCGACUCCCCGGAGGGGUAAACACGGUGGAAAAGUUCUGGGAGAUGUUGAUCAACAAAAAGGAUGGACACUGCAAGGUUCCAGAAACCAGAUACGACGCGGAUGCAUUUUACGAUGCCAUUCGACCGGGCACAGUCAAAACUCGGCAUGGGUAUUUCUUGGAGGAAGAUAUCGGCCACAUCGACCGGUCGUUCUUUUCCAUGAGCAAGACUGAAGCAGCAAAACUGGACCCACAGCAGAGACUCCUUCUGGAGGUUGUAUGGGAGUGUAUGGAGUCUGGCGGCCAGACAAACUGGCGUGGAGAGAGCAUCGGAUGCUAUGUUGGUGUUUUUGGUGAAGAUUGGUUGGAGAUGUCCAGCAAGGAUACGCAGCACAUUGAUCGAUUUCACGUCGUAAGCGCCGGAGACUUUGCGCUUUCCAAUCGCGUGUCGUAUGAAUAUGAUUUACGAGGACCCAGCAUCACAUAUCGAACGGCUUGCUCGUCGUCUAUGGUCGCGUUACAUGAGGCCUGUCAGGCAUUGUAUAGUGGUGAAUGUGCCUCCGCCAUUGUCGCUGGAUCGAACAUUAUCUUGACGCCCACCAUGACCAUGUCUAUUUCAGACAACAUGAUUUUAUCACCCGAUGGAAGAUGUAAGACAUUUGAUGCCACCGCUGAUGGCUAUGGUAGAGGAGAAGCGAUCAACGCUAUCUACAUUAAGCCUUUAUCGGAAGCUCUGCGACAGGGUGACCCUAUCCGCGCCGUGAUUCGAUCCACCGCUGUCAACUGUGAUGGAAAGACACCAAGUAUCACAACGCCCGGCUCAGAGGCCCAAGAGCGCCUUAUUCGCCGUGCAUACCGAAAGGCUGGAAUUGAGGAUAUAUCCAAGACAGGCUUUUUUGAAUGUCAUGGAACUGGAACCAUUGCUGGCGAUACGGCAGAAACAUCGGUUGUUGCUAAAGUAUUCCCAGACGGUAUCCAUAUUGGGGCGGUGAAACCAAAUGUUGGACACUCAGAGGGUGCGUCAGGAUUAACUAGCAUCAUCAAGUCUGCCCUCGCCCUAGAGAAGAGGAUAAUUCCCCCAAAUGUGCACUUCUCAAGCCCAAAUCCAAACAUUCCGUUUCAGGAGGCAGGCCUAAAAGUGCCACUAGAGCCAACCCCUUGGCCUGAGGAUCGAUGUGAACGAGUCAGCGUGAAUUCCUUUGGGAUAGGCGGAACGAAUGCGCAUGUAAUCUUGGAGUCUUUUUCGUCAAUGUCCCAAACCAACACGGAGCAAGCAUCCCCUCCAACAGGCGCUCGAGUCUUGGUCCUGUCUGCCAAGAGCACAAAAUCUUUGCAAAAGGCCAUUGGUGAGUUGACGCAAUACACUGCGCGGAUUCCAUGUUCAGUGAAUGACCUGGCAUAUACGUUGGGCACUAGAAGGGAGCAUCUGGCGCAUCGAGCGUUCGCGAUUAUGGACCAAGAUGGCGAGUUGUCGGACUUUGAAAGGGCGCGUGACGUACCGUCCAGUAUCACCUUUGUCUUCACUGGCCAAGGUGCACAAUGGGCGGGUAUGGGGAAGGAGUUGAUGUCGGCAUCUACUCGCUUUCUGAGCAGUAUUAAAGCCCUGGAUCACGAGUUGUCUAGAUUCACGAAUCCUCCUUCCUGGAACUUAGAAGAAGAGCUCUUGAAAGACGAUGAAUCAAGCAGGAUCCAGAACCCCGAAUUUGCACAGCCGCUCUCAACAGCAGUCCAAAUUGCACUGGUCGACCUUCUCGCAGAAUGGGGCAUUCGACCGGCUUCAGUCAUUGGACAUUCUAGUGGUGAAAUUGCGGCAGCCUAUGCCUCUGGUGCAAUCAAUGCUAGAGUGGCCAUUGCCAUAUCCUACUUCCGGAGGCAAGGCCAUCAUCCACAGAGCGUAACACUCUCUGGGAAUGUGGAUGCGCUGGACCAGGGCCUGAAUCAGAUUCAGGUAGAUGAUCCGGAUACAUUUUUGAAACGACUCAAGGUCUCUGUUGCAUAUCAUUCCGAGAGCAUGAAGGAUGCGGGGACAAUUUACGAGAAGUUGAUGAUACCAUUCAUGUCUCAUAAUGGCGCCAUGAUACCACUCUAUUCAACCGUGACAGAAGGCGUCAUAUCUGAUCCAUUGAUCCUGAAUGCAGAAUAUUGGCGAGAGAAUCUGCAAUCCACGGUGUUGUUCAACGGAGCCGUCCAACGAUUGCUUCGAGAUACACACUCGCCAACGAUUUUUGUCGAGAUCGGGCCCCACUCAACUCUUUUAAGCCCAUUGCGUCAGAUCCUGCGGAAACACGACGAUGAUCAGGCUUCAAAGUAUUUUCCAACUCUUGUUCGUGGCCAGCCGCAAUGGAAGGCUCUUCUCACUACUGCUGGGCGACUUCAUACAAACGGCGCGUCUGUUGACCUAUCAGUGAUCAACGGCACAACAGGCAAUUCAGUUCUGACUGAUCUUCCGGCUUACUCUUGGUUACACGAGGAAAGUUCUUUCAGCGUAACUAGGCUGGUCCGAGAAUGGAGAGCCCCUAACGAGCCUCACCAUGAGCUUUUAGGUCCUCGGUCUCUGGAAUCCACAGAUAUAGAGCCUUCGUGGAGGAGGGUUCUCUUCGUGGGACACGUGCCCUGGCUAUGGGAUCACAUGAUCGGAAAAGAGCUCGUUUUCCCCUGCGCCGGGUACAUCGCCAUGGCCGGCGAGGCAAUUCGACAGACGACGGGAUCGGACGAAUACACUAUUCAUAACCUGACGUUAAAGACACCCCUCCUGCUGCAAGAUUCUGAAGCUGCAGAGCUAGUGACCAGCCUUCGUCCGGCAAAGCUUACUGUUACUGCCGAUUCUGCCUGGUACGAUUUUACCAUCACGGCAUACCAGAGCGGGUCAUGGAAAAAACACUGCAGUGGAAAAAUCAGAGCGGGCGCGGUGAAGCAGCACCAACCUCACAAAUGCAUUUCCUAUCCGCGGAUGGUCUCUUCAAACGCUUGGUACGAGACGAUGAAAAAACACGGCCUUAACUUUGGCCCUGAGUUCCGAAGACUGGAGAAUAUUUCUGCCAAUCCCUGCAGCCCCCAGGCAGGUGCCCGUGUCCAAUAUAGCAAUGAGAAGGAUGCAGGAAAAUCCAGUACAUAUGCUCUCCAUCCGAUAAUAAUCGACCAAAAUCUUCAGAUGCUUGGCGUUGCAAUGACACGCGGAGUGUCUCGUUAUUUGACAAAGCUUUGCAUGCCCGUGGCGAUUGAAAGCAUAUACAUCGGCCCGGGCCAAGGCACAAUGCACAUCGAUGCGUCCUGCAAUCCUGCCAGCGACUCGAUCGUUGGCAAUGCAACAAUGGUAUCAGAUGACAAGGUAAUCCUCUCAAUGGAAAAUGGAAUGCUUUUUGCAGUUGAAGAGUCAGAUGGAGCAGAGGGAAGUGAUUACAUGAUUGCCAGCUUGGACUGGAAACCACACAUCGAUCUGAUCUCAUUAAGCGAGGAAUUGCUGCCUCGUUUGUUGAACGGCCGCUCAUCACAGCUCAUGGAAGUGGUCUUGAGAUCCAUAAUCAUGGAGACUGCGGCAAAUAUUCGGUCACUGCAGCCAAACAAUCCUCACUUGGAAGAAUAUCAACGAUGGAUCUGUUUGCAGGCGGACUCAAGGGAGAAUGUUGAUAACUGCAAGAACGCUCUUUGUCAAGAUGAUCAUCUACUUGAGGCCAUCAAGGAAAUGGAGAGGGAUACCCCUGAACUGUCUGCCGUGUUGAGCCUAGCACGAAAGGUUGCAGCGCUUUCAGUCGAUCUUGUUGAAGGAAACAUUACCUCAGAAGAUGUGGGUGAUGAAAAAGAAAGCCUGUUAUGUUUGUACCAGUCACUGGCAGCCAACGCAGGCUGUAGAGACUUUUUCUCUCUUCUUGGUCAUUCUAACCCGAUGAUACGAGUGCUUGCGGUUGGGGUAGGCAAUGGAUUUGCAGCUAUCCAAGCUCUGUGUGGUCUGACGUCAAAGGACGGUACUCCCAUGUAUUCGAGGUACACAGUCACCGACAAGUCGGAAGAAUGCAUCUCCAAUGCAAAAGGGAAACUCACAUGGGCUCCCGAUAUCGAUUACAUGCUGCUUGAGAUCGCUCGCGAUCCCAUUGAACAGGGCUUGGAGCCCGAGAGCUAUGACUUGAUCGUCGCUUCCGAGGCAUUUGAUGCAGACAUGCCUAUGUCCCCCUCAUUGAAAAAUCUAUAUACACUACUUGCACCUGGCGGACGGCUAUUUUACCAAGGAACCUUCUCGACCAACCCGCUGGUAACGUUUGUUAUGGGUGUUUUCCCAGAGUGGUGGGCACAGCAAAAUAUGAACUGCAGCAAGCCUUCAAUUUCCUCCGAGCAAUGGAAGACUGAGGUCCAAGAUAACGGUUUUGAUGAAAUUGACAUGUUGACUGUGAACGACUCAUCGUUAUACCAUGUCGGCACGGCGAUUGUAUCACGGCCAUAUCCUCCGAUCACCCCUUUAAGAGAAAUUGCGUUUCUCUAUUUGACCACUGCCCCGGUCUGGGCUCAAAAGGUGGCAGACGAGCUAGCUACGAAAGGACACUCUGUAACGUGGUUCGCCUUAGGACAACGGCCACCUCCAGAAAUGGAUGUGAUAUCCGUCAUUGACUUGGAGGGUGCGUUUUUCGACAACAUCUCCACAGAAAGAUUUGCUCAGUUUCAGCAAUUCGUUAGCCACAUCACAGAUUCCCAUGUUCUCUGGAUUACCGAGAGCUCGCAAAUGUCAUGCAAUGAUGCCCGAUUUGGCUUGGCUUUGGGAGUUAUUCGGACAAUCAGACACGAGGUGACGCCCGACUUUUCCACCCUCGAGCUGGAUAAUUUCGACGAUACUUCAGUGAACGCCGUCAUUCGCGUUCUGGAGCAUAUUAAUCGGCAGAGAGCCUGUUUACUGCUGGAUCCAGACCGCGAAUUUGCAUUAGAGCAAGGCAAGCUUCACGUUGGCAGAGCCCACUGGGCCAGUGCUAGGCAGGAGUUGUCCGCCGCGAAACCUAAGAACUGCGACAAUAAGGUCCUUGACAUUAGCUCCUAUGGACUAUUGAACUCGCUUGCCUGGCUAGAACAGCCUUUCCGUCCAAUGCAAGAUCAUGAGGUUGAGGUUGAUAUGAAGUACGUGGGCCUGAACUUUCGAGAUAUGAUGGUUGCUCUGGGUGUCGUUGGUGAUAGGAGUGAAUUUGGCGUUGAAGCCAGCGGUGUCAUCCGCCGAGUGGGAUCAUCGGUGAAAGAUUUCAGUGUUGGUGAUGCCGUCAUUGUCGCCGGCGAUGGGCUUCUGUGCACUCGCAAGGUAAUCGCGGGCGAGCGUUGCUUUCCUGUUCCCGAUGGAAUGUCAUUGGAUGAUGCGGCCACCGUAGCAUGUGUCUACAGCACUGUCCUCCUCUCACUCGUCCACAUCGGCAACCUGCGGCAAGGCCAGUCGGUCUUGGUACACUGUGCAUGUGGCGGCGUCGGAAUCGCAGCCAUUCAAGUGUGUCAGAUGCUAGGAGCUGAGAUCUUUGCCACGGUUGGGAAUGACCAAAAGGUUCAGCAUCUCAUAGACACAUUUGGCAUUCCUCGGGAUCAUAUAUUCAGCUCACGCGAUUCCUCUUUUUUGCAGGGUGUGAUGGAGCAAACCCAAAAUCGCGGAGUGGACAUUGUUCUCAAUUCCCUGUCGGGCGAGCUUCUGCACCUUUCUUGGCGGUGCGUUGCCAAGUUUGGAAGAAUGAUCGAGCUCGGAAAGCGUGAUAUUUUGGGUUACGGCCAGUUAGAUAUGGAGGUCUUUGCGGGAAAUAGAUCGUUCACAGGAGUCGAUGCAAAACAGAUCAUGGAUGAAGACAUUGGUCAGUACCGAAGCAUGAUGCAGGAAAGCAUGAACCUCCUGAGAGAAGGCAAGGUCAAGCCUAUUCGACCGCUCACCAUUUUCGAUGCAGUGAACGUCGAUCAAGCGUUUCGCUUCAUGCAGACAGGCAACCAUAUGGGCAAAAUUGUAAUGAGGAUGCCCGAAAAUCCCUCAGAUCUGCCUGUCUGCCAUAGUUCAACCUUCAUUUCUCUCCCCUCCGAUGCCUCUAUUCUUAUUGUUGGCGGGUUGGGAGGGUUGGGACCCGGAAAUGUGGCCAACUUGGAGGAUGUUCGACGCACAGUUUCGGCCUGUAAGAGGCGGAUUGCGGGUGUGAUACACAUGCCCAUGGUGUUAAGGGACCAACUACUUUCUAAAAUAACGUAUGACGAAUGGAUCUCGGUCCUGGUGUCUAAAGUCCAAGGGACAUGGAAUUUGCACAAUGCCGUUGCCGACUGCAAGCUGGACUUUUUUGUAUGCUUUGGCUCUCUGGCUGGCCUCUGUGGAAAUGCUGGCCAGUCAAAUUACGCGGCAGCAAAUGCCUUUCUCGAUGCUUUUGUUCAAUAUCGUCUGGGGCAGGGCCUUGUGGCAAGUGUGAUCGACCUCGGAUUGAUGAACGAUGCAGGAUUCGCAUACGAGAAUGCGCCGAAGCUCAUCCAACGAGCUAAAUCGGCGUCUAUGCAAACAGUUGAGGAGCGCGAGCUGCUCCAGACUUUAGAAUUGGCAAUCUGUCGACCGGGUCAGGUAGCGGUGGGACUUGGAACAACGAAGCCCUUAUCCACCUCGGGUGUUGUGCCUCCUUGGACUCGGGAUGCGCGCUACAGCCUCUGGUCAAAUAUUGUUUCUGCAAACGAGGCAGGCGCAUCUGGGAUCGAUGGAGAUCUUAAGGAGCUGAUGGAGGCUGUCAAAAGUAAUCCCGAGAUACUGGACGACCCUGCUACCAAGGAACGAAUUACCAAAAUCAUCGGAAUGGAAAUUGGCUCUCAUCUAGUCAAAAUCGAGGAUAUGGAUGAAAGCGAGGUCUUCAAUAUCGUGAUCGAGUCCUUAGCUAUGAUCGAGAUCAGAAGCUGGUACCGACGCCACCUGGGUCUCGAGUUGCCCAUCGUGGAGAUUUCUAACGCCCAAACAAUUGGAGGUCUCGGAAACGUCACCGUGCAGGCUCUCCGUGCCAAGUACCAAGCAAAUAACACGGAGUCUUCCGAAGUGGAUAGCAGUCGCCCAUCAGAUGGAGAAAACGUUCAGUUUUUGCAAGAUACAGUGCUAGGACGGAGUAUCCGACCAAUUUCACAGCCAGUUCCAGAGUGGUAUACUGACACAGAAGGGCAUGUACUGUUAAUAGGCGCGACAGGCUUUGUGGGCACAUUCCUAUUGUCAAUGUUGGUAUCAUUGCCCGAAGUCAACACGGUCACCUGCUUGGUUCGCGCUGCCUCUACUACAGCGGCAAUAAGGCGACUUGAAACGGCAUUUAGCAAGCUUCAGAUUCCAAUGGAUUCCUGGGACAAGAUUCAGGCCGUUACAGGAGAUAUUACACAGCAAGGCCUUGGUCUGCAAGGCACUGAGUUCACUCGCCUAUCUACAGAAUGCAGUGCCAUCUUCCAUCUGGGGGCGCUCGUCAACUACACCCUCCCUUACUCCACACACAGAGACACCAAUGUUCUGGGUCUCACCAACGUCCUCAACUUUGCCAAUACCCAUCGUCUCAAACCCGUUCAUUACUUUUCUGGCAUGGCAGCAUAUGGCCCAUCUGGGUUCUUAAGCGGUCAAACAUACGUGUCCGAAAAUGAGAGGCCAGUGGCGGGCUCUGGCUCACUGCAGCACCAUACUGGCUACUCGCUCAGCAAGUACGUUGGGGAAUGCAUCGCGUGGGAUGCUAUCUCGAACGGAUUUCCACUCGCGAUCCAUCGGGCUGGCUUUGUUCUGGGGCACAGUGUGACUGGAAUUGGAAAUGCAGAUGAUGCUAUCAAUCGCCUCAUGUCUACGUGUAUCAGUUUGGGCUCAUACCCAAUCCCCCCGGCUCAACGAAACUGUUUUGUUCCGGUCGAUUUUGUAUGUUCAGCCGCAUUGCACAUAUCGAUGUCGAACAGGAAUCUCGGCCAAGCUUAUAACCUAAUUCAUCCGGACCAAAGCCAAAAUAUCGACCUUUCAACGACGUUCAAAAUGCUCAGUCAAUUGACCACCCCGCCCCUUCACGCUGUGGAGCUGUCCGAAUGGGUGAGGCUAAUGUCGCAGGUUAUGGGCCAUCGUCUAAGUGGUAUUGCUCCGAUUGUUGCCGAGAGGCUAGCAGAAGGAUCUAUUUGGUGGAAUAAUAAACAGGGCGGCAUGGUGAUACAUGGAACUGAGAAUCUCCAUAGAGCUUUGGCGGAUCGACCGGACAUUCUUAAGUGCAAGACCAUGUUUGAGCUGAUCAAGACAUAUUUCACGCAGUGGUCGCAAUUACCAGAAGGCGGCAUUCUGACAAAAGGGGCAUGA